AUGAACAAUCAACGAAAUUUUGAACGCAGAAGAGAUUCACGUUCCAGAUCCCCUGGCAGAAAUCAACAGGUUUCCUGCCGCUCCCGAUCACCACUCAGAAAUCAUCGUGGAGCCAUGACUAGAAGCUCGCGCCCAAAGACCGAAUCCCGCCUCCUGAACCUACCAAAAGAGUUACGGGAUAUGAUUGUCGAACAUCUUUUUGACUCAACUCGUCUCACAUUCGGACACAGACAAAUCAGUUCUGAAUACCGCAAGGUUUUGCCAGCACGCAACGCACUCGCUAUCCUCCGCGUUUGCAAACAACUGUACCAAGAAACUAGCAACAUUUGGAUCAGUCGGGUCCUCUUCGACUUUGAGGAUACUUUCCCACUUUUGGACAAGUUCUCCCUUCUACCAUUCUCUACCAUCAGCCAAUCCGGUGAUGAGCCUGAAGCCCCUGAGACCGUCGAGGGCGAAGAACAAUUGUACGGACUACAGGUCUUGCAAGGACUGCAACUUGACAGACUCACAGUUGUACCAGGUUGGGGCGACUCAUACACCGGUUGUGCAGACAUCACUCGAUUUAUAACCACAAGUUUCCCUUGCAAGGAACUCUGCUACCACACUCCUACAUCAUGUUUCCAUGAGAGCAAUGAAUCGACUUCGGUGGACGCAACAGAUCUCGUCACUCGUCGCAUCAACACUAUGGCUGAUCAAAUCCUAGACAGAGGCCAAUUCGGAACAUCACUUACCAUCCAAAUUCUUCAGUCAUCCGAGCCCAGCAGCCAGCGUACCGGCGCCGUCUUCAAAGAUUCUGCAAUUCAAGUUUUAGAAGAAUCCUCGAUUUCAAAAGAUACCAAUCCGGCUAAGAUGAUUGCAUGUGGCAAGGCUUUGGAUCCAAACGCUGAGACACUGGUCAUCUUCAAGCCCGUCGCGACAUCUUUCACUAUUCCAGAUGAAGCCCUUCAAGGACUCUUCAAGACCGUUGACGAAGUUCAAGUUAGGAAGACCUGGAGAGAUGACUAUAGGGAUCAUUAUGUUCAGGAGGCUGAAGAAAACAAACCUGAUAUGGGAAAUAUCACCAUUGGCGAACUCUAUCCAUGGCCUUUUGAAAUGCGAAAGACUCAUACCAUCAUUGAUAGAUAUGAUACACACAACAAAUUUCGGAGAAAACUUUUUCUUCGAAAUACAACUCUUUCGCGAUCGAUCUAG